AGGAGGAGGAGGAAGGCCGGGAGCCGGGCACGCAGCCGCCGGGAUGCUGCAGAAUGUGAAUCCCCAGAGCAAGAUUCUGGGGGAGGGCAAUGCCGGGCUCAUGGGCCUGGCGACGGAGUCGACCCCCGGCAAGCGGAUCCGCAAGCCCUCGCUGCUCUACGAGGGCUUCGAGAGCCCCACCAUGGCCUCGGUGCCGGCCCUGCAGUCCCCCCAGGUGAACCCGCCCCCGCCGGAGGUGUCGAACCCCAAGAAGCCGGGCCGGGUCACCAACCAGCUGCAGUACCUGCACAAGGUGGUGAUGAAGGCCCUGUGGAAGCACCAGUUUGCCUGGCCCUUCCGCCAACCCGUCGACGCCGUCAAGCUGGGCCUGCCGGACUACCACAAGAUCAUCAAGCAGCCCAUGGACAUGGGGACAAUCAAGCGGCGCUUGGAGAACAACUACUACUGGGGGGCUGCCGAGUGCAUGCAGGACUUCAACACCAUGUUCACCAACUGCUACAUCUACAACAAGCCCACAGAUGACAUUGUGCUGAUGGCCCAAACCCUGGAGAAGAUUUUCCUGCAGAAGGUGGCUCAGAUGCCUCCGGAAGAGCAGGAGAUUGUGGUCCCGGUGGCCAAGAACAGCCACAAGAAGGGAGCGUCCCGGGCAGCGGCGCUCCUGGCGGGCCUCACGGCUGCUCAGCAAGUGCCGGCCGUCUCCUCCGUGUCCCACACCACGGUGUACACCCCGAGCCCCGACAUCCCCACCACCAUAGUCAACAUUCCCCACCCGUCCGUGAUCUCCGCUCCGCUCCUCAAGUCGCUGCACUCCACCGCCCCGGCCGUGCUGCCCACGCCUGCGCCCACCCAGCCUGUGGCCAAGAAGAAGGGCGUGAAGCGGAAAGCGGACACCACCACCCCCACCACCACGGCCAUCAUCGCCACCAGCGGGGAGUCCUCGCCCUCCGCCACGCUGCUGGAGGCCAAGGCGGCGAAGAUCCCCGCGCGGCGCGAGAGCGGCCGGCCGAUCAAGCCCCCCAAGAAGGACUUGCCGGACUCGCAGCAGCAUCAGACGUCCAAGAAGGGCAAGCUGUCGGAGCAGCUCAAGUACUGCAACGGCAUCCUCAAGGAGCUGCUCUCCAAGAAGCACGCGGCGUACGCCUGGCCCUUCUACAAGCCCGUCGACGCCUCAGCCCUGGGGCUGCACGACUACCACGAGAUCAUCAAGCACCCCAUGGACCUCAGCACCAUCAAGCGGAAGAUGGAGAACCGGGACUACCACGACGCGCAGGAGUUCGCCGCUGACGUCCGGUUAAUGUUCUCCAACUGCUACAAGUACAACCCGCCCGACCACGACGUGGUGGCCAUGGCCCGCAAGCUGCAGGACGUUUUCGAGUUCAGCUACGCCAAGAUGCCUGACGAGCCGCAGGACGCCAGCCCGCCCUCGGUGUCGGCGCCGCUGCCCGGUGCCCUCUCCAAGUCCUCCUCUGAGGAGUCCUCCAGCGACGAGGACGAGGAUGAUGAGGACGACGAAGACGACGACGAGGAUGAGAGCAGCAGCGAGAGCUCGUCGGAGAGCGAGGAGAGCUCGGACUCGGAGGAGGAGCGCGCCAACCGCCUGGCCGAGCUGCAGGAGCAGCUGCGGGCCGUGCACGAGCAGCUGGCUGCCCUCUCACAGGGCCCCGUUUCCAAACCCAAAAAGAAGCGGGAGAAGAAGAAGAAGAAGAAGUCGGAGAAGCACAAAGGCCGGGGAGGCGACGAGGAGGCCCGGGCGCGCCAGGCCCAGCUGCGCAAAGCCAAGAAGGCCGGGGGCGGCGGAGGGACCAGCGGGGGCGGCAGCGGAGGCAGCUCCAAGAACUCGAAGAAGGCGGCGAAAGCGGCGCUGCCGCCUCCCCCGGCGCUCUACGACUCGGAGGAGGAGGAGGAGAGCAAACCCAUGACCUACGACGAGAAGCGCCAGCUCAGCUUGGACAUCAACAAGCUGCCCGGCGAGAAGCUGGGCCGGGUGGUGCACAUCAUCCAGUCGCGGGAGCCGUCCCUGCGUGACUCCAACCCCGAGGAGAUCGAGAUCGACUUCGAGACCCUCAAGCCCUCGACGCUGCGCGAGCUGGAGCGCUACGUGCUGUCCUGCCUGCGGAAGAAGCCCCGCAAGCCCUACAGCGAAACCAUGAAGAAGCCAGUGGGGAAGACGAAAGAGGAGCUGGCGCUGGAGAAGAAGCGGGAGCUGGAGAAGCGGCUGCAGGACGUCAGCGGCCAGCUCAACUCCACCAAGAAACCCCCGAAGAAGGCCAGCGAGAAGCCCGAGUCGGCGCAGCAGGUGGCCGUGUCGCGGCUCAGCGCUUCCAGCUCCAGCUCCGACUCCAGCAGCUCCAGCUCCAGCUCCUCGUCCUCGGACACCAGCGACUCGGAUUCGGGUUAGGGCGGCCGGAGCGCCACGGCGGCUGCGAGCGGCGCGGCCGGGUGGAGCACGGGCAGGUUCGGAAGCGGCUCUGCGGGACCGGGCCCGCGUGAACCGGACUGAGAGCCCCCGCCCGGCGAACUGCGCCCCCAGGGUGGGCUGGGGGGGUGCUGAGGAGCCCUCCUGGUGCCUGAGCGACGCCCCCACGGACUUGGGGUGGGGGGGUGGCCGGUGGUUAGAGGCUGGAGGUUCCCGGGUGUCGCCAGGGCAGGGGGGGCUGCGCUCAGGCCCCUGGGGCCGGGCGGGGGUAUGGCCACCACCCCGUCCCCAGCAGGUUUUACUGUUUGUUGUUUUAGGUUUUUUUUCUGACUUGUGGGAUUUUUUCCGAGGGGGAAAAGUUUGGGGUUUUUAAGAAAAAAAAAUAUAAGAAAAAUUAAAAAAAAAAAAAAAUCUUAAAGCAUUUAAAGGAGAGGAAAAAAAAAAAAAAAACACACACAAAAGGGGUUAACAGUCCCGAAUUUGGGUUUGCCGUGGAGGCAGCAGGGCAGACGGCAGCGCCCCGUGGCCGCAGCCCUUCCCCGGCCGGGGGAGCCGCCGCCAUCCCCAUCCCCUUGUCUGUGGAGGAUUUUAAUUUAUUUGAGCUGCGUCGUGCUGGCGCGGGCCCCGGCCCGUUGUACAUAGCCCUCCCCGGCACACGAGCAGGGCAGCAUGUUCCCCGGCGGGGCAGGGGGGAGGGAGGGGCCGCCUGUUUUUUACGUUGACUGUAUAAUUUUUUUCUACUCGUUUUAUUUUUUUUUCUCCCUUUCACCCUCCCGCCCCCCCCCGCUCCCUCCCCCAUCCCCACUCUUAGACCCUUAGAGCCGUGUUUUCAUCUUAUUGUAUGUUUCAAACCUUUCGAUUCUUUAACAUGUAAAUAAAGAAAAUAUUAUUCGAGUUG